UGUCAUUUUGUUUACAUUUCGCUUGUUAUCGCCGCUUUUUCAAUUUUGUUCUGCCUGUUUUAUAUAAAAAAAAAUCCAAAUAUUUUCUAAAAUAAAAUUUAUAAUAACCUUUAUUACCAACUAAGUGCAUCCAUCAUGAAUCAAGCUGAUUUUAAAAACAAUCUAAGAAAAUUAGAGUUUCCCCUAUGUGCCAUUGAAGCUCUACCAAAAAUAGAAAACAUUGUUGACAACAUGAGUCGAAGUAAACAAAACUUUGCAAUGAAUCUCAUCUCUGAAUUUAUAUUUUUGGAAAAAUUCAAAGACACCGACUUUCGAAAGAAUGCUAACGCAGUUCCCUUUCUAACUUCCCAAAUGACAUCUGUCCAAGAAUUCCAAUUGAUUCUUGUACUUAUUGAAUUCUUUUCUAGACCUGGUCCAGAUGCCACAAGAAAUGCUGUCUUUCUUUCCCUUUUCGGUGGCAAUUUGACCCCAAAUCGAUCGAGUGUUCUAUGCAAACUCAUUAGCACUUCUGUUUCGGGUUCAGUUUCUGCUGUUUUAUGCGCGGCUGGCACAUGGAUGCAACAACUUGGUUGCACAUCUGCGCCAAGUCUAGAAAUAGCUCAAAGUCUGGUAAAAGACUUUGUUACUUUUGCCAAGAAAACCUCUGAGCAACUUAAACAGUUGCCAAUGGUUGCACCUAGAUUUGCAGCCAACAUUAUGACUGCCGUGGCUGAUUUGUAUAUGAAUGAGCAGCGGGGUGCUCUUGUCAGUCCACCAGAUAUGCUUUUAGAUGUAUUCACUGAAUGGGUCACUGACAAUCCAAGUCUGUGUCUAGCUUCACAGCAACCACUUGCAUUGCCAACGGGAGCGAUAGCAAUGCCAGUUAUUACUCCAAUUGCUGGACUCAUCAAAUGGACUGUAUUGGCACCGAUAUUGAAUAAUAAACCAACAUAUAGUGAUUUGCAUUUGGCUGUGUUGCAGACUUUGCUGCAAAUUGUUCCAUCUGGACAACCGACAGCUCUGAAUGCUCAACAUCUUCUACUGAUCGUUAGUCCUUUAAAAGCUUACGCUCAGAAGUUGCAAAGUGAAAAUGUUAAACCUGAAGAUGAUGGAAAUCUUCAGAAAAGUCUUGAACGUUUUUCUCAGUCGAUACAAGUUGCAUUGACAGCGAAAUGUGUGUAUGGGAGUAUACCGCAAUUACUUUGCAAUUUGGAAACUUUGCCGCAGAAUAGUCUUAUGGAAAUUGUUAUAAAAGUUAAUAAAAACUCAGCUUGAAUAAGAA